CGCGGCACAGAGUACAGGAGGAUCCAAGGAGCCGUGGUGCUUCAGCAGGGUCAUGGCCGCUUUACAGCAUCCACGCCUCUGUUUUAUAAUCUGUGUCUCGACCAUUUCACUCCUCAUCCUCUUCAGCCAAGUGUUAACAGACAGACGUCAGGAGGGGAGACACAAAAGAGACGUCCUGGACUCCACAGAUAUCCCAGCAGAGCACAUCGAUCCAGCUGCCAUCGACCUCACUCCCCUCGUCAAUACUCUAAUAAAUACAAGCCAGUCGGGCUCCCGGCAGCUCUUCUCCCUCCUCAGUGUGACGUCCUACAGCUCUCUGGCUCUCCAUAAACUCACCCUGCUGGUCUACAACAUUUCCAACAUUAGAAGUUUAGAAAGCAACAAGUUCAGGAGAAGAUUCUGCUACUGUGUCACUAAUGAGACCAACGAUCUAACGGACUUCACGGCCAUUCUGUUGGAUGUGAUGGGAAACUCGACAAGUUACCUGCAUGAGCUCUUUAAAUCUGCCUCCAUAUUAUCAGUAAGCCAGAGGAACAACUCUGACUGUAUUUACAUCUGUGUGAUGGCGGGUAAGAUGGGCAGAGAGAUGCCAGAGCUGUGGGAGGUUGGCUCCAUCACGCCGCUCUUCAACCAGACCAUCAUGGAGGGACCACACAGAGGUAACGUCUCCUCCUUCAGACUCCCUGUGGAAUGGCACCAACUGCCCACGAAUCUGAGUCACAUCUCUCCAUCUGGGAUGAGCUCCAGUUUAACCAGCAGAGUUCAUUCUACCGCACAUGUUUCACCAACAACAAUGGAUCAAACAGCUGUUUUAACAGCAAAGAUCACCACUGCCCAGCCGCUGGCGACAGCUCCACAGCCUGUAACCACCAUUCCACAAAGUCAAACUACAGUGGACGGGCCGGAGACAACAAUGAGAGAGAGGGCACAGGAGGUGACAGUACAGGAAGUAACAACACGUGCAGUGAUGACAGCACAGACAACAGCUACAAAAGUGCCAACGAUUUUACAACCAGUCACGUCAACGCAACCUGAAACCACCCUGCAAGUCACCACUGCGUCUGUAACGACGGCUUUAGCUCCAACCACAGUAAGAGCUCCACCAACUACAGUAAGAGCUCCGCCAACCACAGCAAGAGCUCCAUCAACUCCAUCAAGAGCUCCAUCAACUCCAGCAAGAGCUCCAUCAACCACAGUUAGAUCUCCGCCAACCACAGCAAGAGCUCCAUCAACUCCAUCAAGAGCUCCAUCAACUCCAGCAAGAGCUCCAUCAACCACAGUUAGAUCUCCGCCAACUUUAGCAAGAGCUCCAUCAACCACAGCAAGAGCUCCAUCAACCACAGUACGAACUCCAUCAACCACAGCAAGAGCUCCACCAACCACAGUAACAUCUCCAUCAAUCCCAGUAACAGCUCGUCUAACCACAGUAAGGGCUCCAUCAACCACAGUCACGGCUCGAUCGACCAUGGUAACGGCUCAAACAACCCCAGUAACAGCUCCAUCAAUAACCACACUGACCACAUCAUCAACCAAACUCACAACCUUCUUACCAGUUAUUAGUCUGACCCGGCUAACUACGUCUACACAUCAGCCAAGUAUGAUGACCCAGCACGCCACGUUGACAGGUCAUACCACAAGACUUUCACCCGUCCAUCCCACGGCAGGAUUUACUGUGUCGAGAAGGACUACAGGGCUUCUAAGCAGGAUAACUACAACACCCAGCACGUCUCUGGAAACAGAAAAACCAGGUUGUCCUUGGAGAAGGCCGGAGCUGACUGACCUCUCGCUCUCCGGCAGCACGACGACCGUCAGCGCUCACAAGCUGCAGCCCUGCGUCCUCGAGCUCUGCAAGUUCUUCUCCCAGUGCCUCUGCAGACCCUUCAGCCACAAGACGCGCAUGAAAAGGUACUGUGACGACAGCCACCUCUGGUAUGAAAAACACACGUCUGAGGUGUGUCGGCGGGUCAGGAGAGUCUCCUUCUCCAGAAAUCUGAAACAGAGAUGCCUGACAAAGAUGUGCAAUAAACUGUGACCAGAGUGAAACAAAGAGCUGUUCAUCAUCACAGGAAGUGACUGAAACUACAAACUACAGCUGAGUACACUCCUGGAGCAUCUUAAGAAUGUGUGGAAACAGAUUUCUAAAUCUGAAUGGAAUCUGGAAAUUGUUUACACUGAAAGUUUUUAUACAAAAGUGCAACUUUUACACAUUUGUCAUAUGUUGACUUUUAUCACUAGAAUCUACACAGUGAUUUAGA